ACCUGUUCAGUUCUGUUUCCCAACUGCUUGAAUGUGGUACAAAUGUGUUGUAAAGUAUGUGCUUUAUUAUUUAGUAUAAGUUCGCUACUCCACACUCCAACCCAGUUGGUGGCGGGAAUGCAACAUAGGUUGGUUUGCCAACCGCAAUAAAACGACAAAGAAGAAGAAAAAGAGGCGGAAAACCGCCAUUUAAGAAGAAGAAGAAGAAGAAGAAGAAAGAAGAAUUCGCGCUCUCAGUCGGUAAAUGUUCAGCGUGUUCAACAUAAUUCAUCUGUUCGUGUUUAUGUUCAGAUUUUCAUCAUGAGAGAGCUAAAAGAGGUGAUGAAGACCAAACCGAUGGAGAGAGACAGUUUACAGGUUAAACAUUCAUUUCCUGACAGUAAUGAGGGUGAUCAAACCUCCACAGAGUCUCUGACUUCUGUCUGUAACGCUGGAGAACAGCAGAUGCUGCAGACACCAGUGAAGAUUGAAGUGAAGCAGGAGGAGAUGAAAGAAGAAAUCACAACAGAGGAACAACAGAGAACUGAUGAAGAUGAUGAUGAUGAACAGCAGAUGCUGCAGACAUCAGUGAAGAUUGAAGUGAAACAGGAGGAGAUAAAAGAAAACACAGCAGAGGAACAUCAGAUAACUGAUGAUGAUGAUGAUGAUGAACAGCAGAUGUUGCAGACACCAGUGAAGAUGUGUUCAGUGAAGUUGGUGGACUGCAGGAACCUGAUAAAGAGGAGAGGAGAAACCACAACAGAUGAACAAGAGAGUGAUGAUGAUGUCAUUCAUUCGGGUGAGGGAGCUCUUCAGAUGGACCUGGAUAGUGACGAAGAGUUCACAUUAUCCUCCGAAGACGAGCAGGACUCCGAAGACGAACGUUUGCAUUUUGAAGAGCGACUUGAUCCAGCCGAGGAUGCAAUUUUGGACGACUAUAAUAAUGAUAGUGAUCAGUCACCUGUUGCAAAGAGGGCCAAGAGAAUCAUUCAGGCGAGCAACAGGCAAUCCACUCUGUCAUGGAAAAAAGAGAAUGAUAUUGACAUGGUUCCACAGACUCUGAGAUUCCUGCCUGCGCGGGAACCUGGACCACAGCUGAGUCCUGCUGAUGCGCACACUCCACAGAGUCUCUUCAAAAAGUUUUUUUCUGAGAAUGCAGUGUUAACUCUGUGCCACAACACCAAUGCUCAAGCUGCCAGGUCAAAAGCAAUGGGCCGCAAAUAUAAGUGGAUAGAUGUCAGCAUCAGUGAGAUGUACUGCUACAUUGGCCUGCUGUUUUACAUGGCCAUGGUAAAGGUGAGCAACAUCAAAGACUACUGGCGGAAAGACAGUGUUUUCUCUGUGCCUUUUCCUGCCACAGUCAUGUCAAGAGAAAGAUACCGCACCAUUUCAUGGAAUGUGCACAUGAGUCACCCAGAUGCAGAUAAAGAAAAUGACAGAAAAAGGGGCACAGCUGAAUAUGACCAUCUUUUCAGGGUUAAACCUCUCAUGGACUCUAUCCGUCACACUUGUAAAGCCAUCUAUCAUCCUAGAAGAAAUUUAGCUCUGGAUGAAAGAAUUGUGAUAUAUAAAGCAAACCGAGGAAAGACAUCGUACACGAAAGCCAAGCCACCCACGUGGGGCUUCAAGUUGUUUGCCCUUGUUGAUUCAUCAAAUGGAUACACUGUGGACUUUUCUGUGUACACAGGAAAAAACAACUUUCACAUAGGCCAUGGAAUAUCAUAUGAUGUUGUGACAUCUCUUAUGGACUGUACAUUUUUAGGCUCUGGGUACCAUGUGUACAUGGACUAUUUCUUCACGAGUCCAAAGCUCCUGACAGACUUGUUUGCCAUGAAGAUUGGUGCUUGUGGGACUUACAUAGACUCUAGGAAUGACUUCCCACGGGAUGCAACUAAUUCACUCUCCAAAAAAUCUGCUAGGGGAUCCAUCAGGUGGAUACGGGAUGGACCUCUUUUAUUUGUGAAGUGGAUGGACACACGAGAGGUAUCUGUCUGUUCUACUAUCCAUUCUGCUUAUACAGGCGAGACUGUGCAGAGGAAGGUGAAAUCACAAGAUACAUGGAGGACAAAGACAUUUCCAUGUCCUGACCCUGUGACUGCCUACAACCAACACAUGAGGGGCAUUGACCUGUCUGAUCAGCUGUUACAUGGAUCUGUUACACAACAAAAAACCAUGAUGUGGUACAGGAAGAUCUUUCUACACUUAUUGGACAUUGCUUCCAACAAUGCUUUCAUUAUGCACAAAGAGCUAUAUGGUAACAUGACCCACAAAGGGUUCAUGGAACAGCUUGUUGCAGAGCUCUGUGGUGUGUCACAGAAAGUAGCACCAAAACAGACCAGUAGUGACCAUGUACCGGUUCCAGGAGUUCUGCAGACAUCAAGUGUAAAGAAGAAUGCCUCAAUUGGUCGCCGUGUUUGCAUGUUUUGCAAAGUACAGAAUGGUAAAAGGCAGGUUACACCUUGGAAAUGCCAGGCAUGUGAUGUUCACUUGUGUCUUCAGUUGAAUAGGAACUGUUUUCAAAAAUGGCACACAGCCAUAUAACUGUUUUCUCAAAUCUGUGUGCUGUGCACUGCUCUUCAAAGCUUACAAUGCUUAUGUGUAAUACUAUGUGAGCGAGUAUCUUACCGAUCUAAAGCUUUUAAAAGGUAGUGGAGGUCUAAAGUUUUUAAGUAAAGUCUUUGUGUAAAGAACAUGUUUAUUCAGAUUACUACUUUCAAGAUUCUUCUUGAUUUUGUGAAUAAGCUAAAACAAUACAUUAAAUCAUUUAGUCUCCUCACAUUCAUUCUCUGUCACAUUCCUCAUUGACUGGUCCAGGGGAGGGGUCUUUUGUCUCAGGUGUGAAUCACCUCAAUAUUCAUGAUCAUUCACACCACCUCACAUAUUGCCCUUCUAACACUCAAAAUGUCUUACAAAAGUUAAAUGACUAUUGUUUUGUGUGAAUGAGUGAUCAGGAUGGUUGUCAAGUGGAGCUAGAUUAAUAUGGGCAGUUUGUUCAAUUUGUAGCAAAAACAAGAUCCAGUAAUGUGUUUUUAAGCAACUGAAAAAAGAAACCAAUGCAAGGCAUGUCAACUUCUCCAGGGCCCAAAAACACCAUCAGACCCCAGAGGGUUAAAGUGUUUUCUGAAGUGUACAUGUGCGCAUGUGAUAGUGUGUUUCAAGCGUGAGUGAAUUUGCACAGGGUUUACAGAUGAUUGUACUAUAUUAAACAGUAUAUAAACUGAAUAUAAUGCCAAGUGUCCUAUACAUUUUAAGUGUCCUUUAUCAUAUUUCAAUAAAAUAGUGAAAGAAAAUUACUAAUA